AUGGGUGAUUCGGAGCAAUUUCCUUCACCAUUUAAUAUUAACCCAAUAUAUCCCAACAACAACAACAACAAGCACAAACGACAGGAAAAGCUAUUAUCAACAAAUACAAAAAGCACUCCUUCACCUACCCCUCAAUCUCACCUGACACCAUUACCAUCAUUCCUUAAUAACACCAAUGGAAAAUCCAUUAACAACUCUAAUGUCAUUACGACAACCAACAACCUUACUGCUAGUAUCAGUAAUACAGGAAUACUUCUGAAUACCAAAUUUAAAGCAAAAGAUGCAGAUGAUGUUAUUGAUUGGAUUGAUAGUUUAAAAUCUCGAUAUGAACAAUUGAUAAUUCAUCAAAAGAAUGAAUUGAAUGAAAUAACCAAUGAUGAAUUAAUGAGAAAACAGCAACAAGCAACAAUUGAAAAAUAUCUGUCGAUGCAUUUUGAUCAAGAUUAUGAAAAAUUGGGUUAUCUUCUUAAGUCUCAAGAUAUUCAUCAUCCACAAAAUGAAUCACAACAAAAAGAAAUGAUAGAUAGUGAUCAUGAAGAAGAAGAAAAAGAAGACGAGGAAGAAGAAGAAGAAGAAGAGAUUAUUGAGAUUUUGUCACUGGAACCAGAAGAUGAAAGGCUUGAGCAGGCAACAAUACAAGAAGAUUAUAGCCGAUUCAAUGAACAUUUACAAUAUCCUCAAAUGACCCAUGAUUACAGCAAUAAUUUGCAAAUAAGUGGAAUAGACUAUGGUACUCAUUUCAACCAGAACAUUGAAUAUGAUGAGGAAGAAGACAGCGAGAAUAACGAGGAUGAGGGCGAAGAAGAAGAAUUUGAAGGGUAUAUUGAUGACCAGGUUCACGAGGUUCAAGGUAGUUCCAAUUAUGAAUAUGACGAAGAUGAAGAUGAAAUAAUAGAUGAAGGGGAUGAAGUAGAAGAAGAAGAAGAAAAUGUUGGACAAUAUAAUUACAGAGUUGAUAUACAAAACCAGCAACGUGGAUAUGGUACAACCAAUGUGCCUGGUUACACAGUAGUUAAUGGUAGACCUAGAUUGUCUGAUAAUUUAGGAUAUGGUCAUGCUGAAACUUUUGAUAAUAAGUCACAAGAUAGUGAAGAAGACGAACAAGAAGAAGAGGAAACAGAUCAAGAAGAGCAUAGUGAAGAAGAAGCUAAUUAUUUUGCACAAAAUAUCCACCACGGAAUGCCUAUUGAGACAAUUGAUUUAGGAGAUUCUGAAGACGAUAGUAAUGAAAGUGGUUCGGGCAAUGACGAUUCGGAAAAUGGCCUUUCCAACGAAGAUGAGCUUCACCUGGGGAGUGACAAUUUAAAUGAUUCCGGCUUUGAAGGGUAUGAAGCCGGGCGUGAAGAACAAGAAGAAGGUGAAAUAGGAAUUGGUCACGGAUAUUAUUCAAACAAUGAGUUGCUAGAUUUUGCUGCAACUGCACUUUUACAGGGAAAAAUUCAUGAACACAAGUCAAAGCACUCACAAUCUGGGUAUAUAGCCGACUCAGAAUUUACUGAUAAUAACCUCCCCGUUUUGCAAACCCCAAAUACUGAAACAGAAGAAGGGCAAGGGGGUUAUUUAAAUAAACAUAAUAAUAUUGGUAAUGACCACGGUUUGGAAGAAAACAAUAAUUCUUCCGCAAGAAUAUCAUAUCGAUCUGAGGGACUUGCCCCCGUUCCUGAUCCAUUUUAUGCUCAUGAAUUAAGCAAUGAAAAAAUGGUUGGAGUUGUUAAUGAUUUCGAUGAAAACCGAUCAGAAGGCUCACUAGCUGAUGAAAGUCAGUUUGAAUCAAUGAAACCAAACGUGAAUUUACCAACUCAAGAUAAUCCUACUGAUAAUGACCAACAUCAUCAAGAAAAUCAACACCAUGAUCAAGAAUCCGAGUAUUCCUCUUCAGACGAAAUAAAUCCACCAAUCCCAGUAUUCAAAACUAUUGAAGAAGAAGAACCAGAGGUUGUUUUACAAAAAUUGAAAGAAACUGAAAAAAAAUAUAACAUCAAACUCGAUGCAGUGGAAGAAUUACAACGAGAUUUAAAUUUGGCAAUUGAACAUUCAAAUGAUGGUUCUUUAGUGCCGCCUAUGGAGUCUCAUAAUAGUAAAUCAAUUCAAUCAAAAGAAGAAGAAGAAGAAGAAGAAAAGAAACAGGAACAGGAAAAUGAGCCAAUAAUAGAAUAUGAUACCUCUGAAGAAGAGGAUGAGGAUUGGGAACAUGGGGUGGAAAAAAUUGAAGAAAUUGUAGACAUUGAGGAAGUUAAUGACAUUGAAGAAGUUGAAGUUAUUAAAGAAACAGUAGAAAUGAAAAUUGCUGAAGAUUUUGAGAUUCAAGAAGUUGAUGAAGAUGAGGAACACAGUGAAGUAGAUGCAAUAGAAGAAGUGGAAUUGAGCGAUGAAGAGAAUGAUAUAGAAAUAGAAAAUGAAGAAGUACAAGAAUUAGCUACUGCCAUCGAGAAGGAAGAACCACAAGAAUAUGCAGCAGUGGAAGAAUCUUUAGCAAGCAGUGUUUUGAUUGAUCCAGAAUUACAAGAUGCAAUGGAGAUUUGUGAAGACAUUGAAACCAUUGAACAACCACCAGCUGAGACAGACACAACUACAAUGGACCAGACAGAGAAUUUAACUAUUAUUGAACCACCAGUCGUACAAGAUUAUAAGUUACCACUUAGUGAAUCACAACAUGCAACGGAUGAAGAAAAACAAACCCUUGAACCAGAUUCAAUUGACGAAGAGAAACAUGAAGUGAAUGAAAAUAGUAUAUUACACAACUUUCAGGACUACAAUAUAUCCGUACCAACAAUAGAAAAAAUACCUGAAGAGGAAACUGUCGACUUGGAAAGUGCCAAUCAAGCAAGUCAAACUUAUUUUGAUGAAAGCGAUAAGGAUCGAGAACAAGAGUUACAAGUACAGGGAAAAGACAGUGACGAAGAAGACGAAGAAGAGGAAGAAGAGGAAGAAGAGGAAGAGGAAGUGGAGGAAGGAGACGGAGAAGAAGAAGGGCAAGUAGACAAAGAAUACGUUGAAGAAAUACAGGAUCAAGAAGAGUAUCUAGAACAACACCGGUAUGUUAUUUCUAUACAAGAUGAAGAAGAAGACAAGGAGGAAGACGAGGAUCAAGAAGAACAGCAAUAUGAUAUGUCUAUUCAAGAUGAAGAUGACAAUGUAAGACAGGACUUAGAGGAUGAAAAUAUACUUGUUACCAAUGAGGAACAGGAACCUCAACCACACGUUGAGUCUGAGAAGUUUGAAUUGACUGAGAGUUUGAAAACUGAUGAUAAAAAAGAAACAACAAACGACAUCGAGGAAUCAGGGGUAUCUGACAAUCCUGAAGAAAAAGAUGACGAAGAAAAAGUUGUAUUGGAAAGCAUUGAAACACCCGAGCUAGCAUCAAUUGUUCAAGAUGAAUCAGAAAGUCUGGAAUCAGUUUCAGCUGAAGAAGAAGAAUCAGAAAGUUCCACGGGUGAUGAAAGUCCACAGCCAGAUGAUGAUUUAACGAGAAUAUCUACACCAGAAGCACAAUCCCAACAAAUAAAUUUACAAGAUGAGCAAGAAAGCGGCUCGGAAGAAAAGUCGGUUGCAAGUGAAACUGAAGCAGCUAUGGAUACAACCAGUUUAGUAAAUGAUGCAGAAAUUCCUGAAAGUGCAGAUUCCGAAAACCUUUUGAGCGAAGACUCAGCAUCUUCACAAUCAGAACGCCAUUCCGAAGUUAAUGAAGAAAACUCACUAGAUGACGAACAAUUUGAAAGAAUAAACCUUGAAAAUAUUUUUAAGACUAGUUUUAAUGAUACAAGCGAAGAAGAAGAAGAUAAAAUGGAGGAUACGGUUAAAGAUUUGGUUGAGGAAAAAAUAGUCAAUGGACAAUCAACGGCAACCGCAAACCAAGAAGAGGUGGUACUCGAAGUUGUUAAUCAGGAAGAUGAUACAGAUGAAGAGGACAUGGAACCAUUGGUUCAGGAAGUUAAAAUUGAUAUGAACCUAAAUGAUCAAUAUGAAGUGGAAGCUGAAUCUAAUUCUGAACCUGAAUCUGAAUCAGAUUCUGAGCUGCUGAGUGAUUCUCACGUUGAUGUAAUACAUAAUGAUAUACAGGUACCGAAACUUGAAGAUAUUGAAGAUUCACAAGCAUCGUCGCUGAAUGAUGAGGCUGACCAUAUUUCUUCAACCAAUAAAAUUGAUGAAGAAGAUCUUGAUGAACAAACCACAAGUGACUACAGCGACCAUGAUUUAGCACCAGAAUCUAGUGAUGAAGAAGUUCAAAGUUCAAAUGAGUCAUUAGAAGAGGAGGUCAUUGAACAUGAAUUCAAUUCAGUAGAAGAACAAUCAGUUGAAGAUAGUUUUGAUGAGCUGGCACAGAACAAUAAUGCUAAUAAUGAUUUUAACAAAGUGGAACUAGAACACCAAUCCAUAGAAGGAUCAGCUAAUAAAUCUGACAUUGAAGAUGUUAAAAAUAAUCAAAUUGUUAAACAGGAAUAUACACCUGUAAAAUCAAUUGAAGAAGACCACGAAGCUGAAUACCCAGAAGAACCUGAAUCCUUUGAAGACGAAACCGAUGAAGAAUUCCCGCAAUUAAAUGCUAUUGCCGAUGAAUUAGAUAAUCAUUAUGAUACAGUUGAAGAAACGACGUUACCUAGAAAGCGUCCAAAUGAAAAUAAUCUGGAACCGGUGUCAUCCAUGAAAAGAUUAAGAACCGCAGUUGGAAGUUUUGUAUGUGGUAUAUUUCAAUCUAAUCAGGAGGCUGAAGAAAUUAACCAAAAUUCUGAAAACAGCUCUGAAGAAUCAUCACCAAACCAUAUUGAUACUGACUAUGAAACUGGUACUGAGAUUAGUAUUACCACUAAAAUAGAAAUUCCAACUUUGGAAAGAGAGCUGGAGAGUCUGGAAGUCAUAGAAGAAACAGACAGAGAAGAAUUUCAAAGUGAUGAAAUUGGUCAGAUUUACCGGAGCAGCGAUGAUGUGAAAUUUCCUUUAGAACAAGAUACAAAUGCAAGUUUCAAUGAAGAAAACCUAACUGGUUUGGCAUCGAUUAUUUCGUCUAAGAAUAUUUUUGAGUACAGAAGACCUGUAAUUAUGAAGCGUCGUAACAGAAGAAGAGGAAGAAGAACUGUAAAAUGGCUGCAUAUGAUCACAAACGAAUUGGAACUUAUACAAGCAGAGAAACUCAAUGUGUCGACAUUAAUAGAGAAUCAGGAACCAAGUGAUAUUGCAAAUGAUAGAGAAACUGUCGUGAAAACCAACAAUUUGGUUGAGGAAUCGAAUGCAAGCGACAAUUCUGUGGGAAACAAUAAAGUUACUUCAGUUAUUAAGAAGGAACCACAAAAUAAUGUUGAUACUGAUUCUGAUAUUCAAAAUGAACAACAAACAAUUAGUCUUCCAAAGACUAGAAAUACUUCAAAAAGGAAACCAUCUAGCAGACAAAGAUUUAUGGGUUUAGUUCCUGAAGAGUUAGAAGAACUUGGAUUGGACCCUAACACUGUUAGCGAAGAUAACAACGAGGCUGAUUCAACUUAUAAUGGUCGAAGAUUAAGAAGCCAAGGCGGUAAACAUUCUUUAUCAUUACAAUCUUCUCCUGUGGAUUCAAUUGAAUUAAAAGACCGACCAGCAUCGAGAACUAGAUCAAAAUCCCCGCUCAAGCAAUCCAUGAAAGAUCUUUUAGAACUUGAAAAAGACACUAAAGCUGGAAACGAAAGAAAGCCAAGAGUCAAUUCGGGUUCUCGUCUGCAAUAUAAAAAUGAUGAUUUGAGAGGGCGACUGAGAGAAAGAUAG